AUGCCAUCUCAACAACAACGAAACAGUAGAAGAACGAGGGGCUAUCCCACAGCCUCCGAGAUUCGAGGCCGUAACUGUAUGAUGCGGGAGCAAGAUGAUGAGCGAAUUCUUGACAGUGUCAUGAGUUAUUCUUCCUUGAGAGAAGAAGAGCAAGAACGGACCUUGACGCGGUUGACUCCCCUGAGAGGUUACGAAGAACUGUCGGAACGACCAUCAGCAUCCACAAACACAAACACACCACCGAGACCAACAACAACAACAACAACAACAAGAUCCUCCACUGCUGGUGGUGGAAAGGCUCGUCCUGUCUGUCAUUUUUUUGCCCUGAAUGGAUCCUGCCGCAAUGGUGAUAACUGUGCCUUUUCCCAUAACGUUACUCCUGGAGACACUCGAUCAGUCGUUUGCUCGUUCUUUCGCAAGGGCAAUUGUCGAUACGGAGACUCGUGCCGCUUUAGUCACAAUGAUGGCAAUGAUAAUUAUGAUGUUGAUGUUGAUCAACAUCCUGCAACAGCCCCUUCAGUAGUAUGCCAACCUUGCAAUGACAAUGAUAACACGUCUACAACACAACAAGAUGACGAUGAGGACGAAGAAUUGAUGUGUGGUAUUUGCAUGGAGCAUCCUACCAAAUUUGGAUUGCUCAGUUGCUGCGAUCACGUCUUUUGCUUUGAAUGUCUCAUGGAAUGGCGAUCUUCCUGUGGCAAGGAAGAAGUGUACGCCGAACAAAAGUCCUUGGUCAAGGUGUGUCCCGUGUGUCGGACGCACUCGGAUUACGUGCUUUCGAGUUAUACCUACGCCAAGACGGGAAAUGGCAAACAGGACUUGAUGGAGGCCCACAAGCUUCGAUUGUCUCAGAUUCCCUGCAAACGAUUCAAUGGAGAUUUGGGGUCUUGUCCCUUUGGAAGGGAUUGCUUUUAUCGGCAUUGGGAUGAUUAUGGAAAUGAUAUUAAGCAUUUGGAUCAAAGCAAGCAAGACAUUCAAGAGGAAUUGGAACGCCGCAAACUACGACGACAGCUACAUUUUCAAUCUCAGCAGAAUAUUGACGCGGAAUUGGACAUCUUGGAAGCCCAACUAGCCCUUUUGCAAUUGGGACUGGCCUCCUUUGCCUUUCAACUGGACAUUUAA